GGCAGUGAAACCAAUCAACUCAAUUGGCCAUAUGGUUUGUACGUCGAUGAUGAUCAAACGAUUUAUGUCGCUGAUUGUUAUAAUCAUCGUAUUGUGGAAUGGAAAUCUGGCGCAACGAAUGGAAAAGUAGUUGCUGGUAGAAAUGGAUCAGGUAAUGGAGCUGAUCAGUUAAACUACCCAUUUGAUGUGAUUAUCGACAAAGAGAGCGAUAGUCUCAUCAUCAGCGAUGGAGCGAAUAAUAGAGUAGUUCGAUGGCCUCGUCGAAAUGGUACUCGUGGAGAAACUAUUAUUUCAAAUAUCUCUUGCUUCGGUUUGACAAUAGACGACAAUGGUUAUCUCUAUGUCGUUGACAAUGAACAACAUCAAGUGAGACGAUAUAAAAUUGGUGACACUCAAGGAACAGUAGUUGCAGGUGGUAAUGGAAAAGGAAAUCGUCUCGAUCAACUCUCUAAUCCCCACUACGUAUUUGUCGAUCGAGAUGAUUCAGUUUAUGUGUCUGAUUAUGAAAAUCAUCGUGUAAUGAAAUGGGAAGAACGUGCAAAACAAGGCAUUGUCGUAGCCGGUGGUCAAGGACAAGGAAAUAUUCUUACACAAUUAAAUGGUCCUCAAGGAGUCGUUGUUGAUCAAUUGGGUACUGUCUAUGUGGCUGAUUUUGGGAAUGCUCGAAUCAUGCGUUGGCCAAAAGGAGCCACACAGGGAAGUGUCAUUGUUGGUGAAAGAGCACGGCCAAAUCAACUCUAUCGUCCCGUUGGUUUAUCAUUCGAUCGACAUGGCAAUCUCUAUGUCGCCGAAUGGGGAAAUAAUCGAGUACAAAAGUUUAAUAUCGAAUGA